GCCCACUUCACAGGGCUUCAUUUUUGAGUAGAGCCUUUUCUAAUUGAAAAUACCCAAUCAUUUCAUUUAUUUGAUACCCCUUUGGCAGCGUUCUCCUCACCAAACUCCAGCGAUAUGGAUAUGGAUCCAGAAGCCGCCAUCAGCAACGCAAGCAGUGAGAAGACAAAGGUCGAGGAGCCGGAGACUUCUAACGAUGCUACUCUGCAAAGGCCGUCCGACGAGAGUAAUGCACAAAUCCAAAAUGGAGGACCUGAAUUGAUGGACGCUGCGGAUGCAGCCCCAAUGCCGACAAUCAGUACUCAAGUCAAAGAAGAAGGCGCAGAACCUGGAGCAGAGUCCGAACAGACCCCUCACAUAGCCGCGGAGGAAGAACACGUCGAGGAAGAACAUGUCGGGGAAGAACAUGCCGAGGAAGAACACCCAGAAUGGGAAAUCGACUCGUCUCCAAUCGUAUCAUCCUCUGACGACUCCAGUGACGACAGCUCGUCCGAGGAAACUGAUGAGGAAGGCGAGAAUUCGUACAAGUUCUUAAGCCCCGAAGAACAAGCUAGGAUAUUGAUGCUCGGUGAUGGAGGCUCAGAUGAUGAAGACGGUGGUAACAAGGGAGCGAAGAAUGCCGGCAGCCAAUUAAGAACAAAGAAUGAGAUUCCUGAAGAAGUUAUACCGAAGCCCGAUGUUACGAUCACGCCAGAAAUGCCGAUUGAAGAACUAGGAGAUGUCGAGGCAAUUGUCGAGAAUACUCUCCUCAUAAAGGCCAAAACGUCAGGUGAAUACAGAGUGUUGGAGAGCGGUUCAGUAUUAUGUCUGGCCGAUAGGAGUGUCAUAGGAGCGGUAGCAGAGACACUUGGACGAGUCCAGCAGCCAUUAUAUUCUGUCCGAUUCACAAAUAUGGGCGAAAUCACAGAAGCGGGUUUAGCAGUAGGGACGAAGGUGUUCUACUCAGAGCAGCACUCAACAUAUGUCUUCACGCAAUCCCUGAAGGCGUAUAAAGGAUCUGAUGCUUCGAAUAUGCAUGAUGAAGAAGUGGGCGAGGAAGAAGUGGAAUUCUCGGACGAUGAAGCAGAAAUGGAGCAUAAGCGCAAACUGAAGCAAAGGAAGGCCGAGAAGCGGGGUGGAAAGAUGCAGCAUAAUGGAGGAUCGAAUCGCGGUGGUCACCCACUGAGGCAGGAGCAAAAAUAUUCUAAUGCAGGAACAGGAUUGGAAUAUGAUGAUGGGGAAGAUGAGGGCCCCUACAAGCCACUUGCACGGCCAUCCGGAUUUGCUGAUACUGUUGGUCGGGGUGAGGCUCCGCAAGAGGGUACGUACUCGGGGGAGAACGAUAGAUCGAAUUUUGCUAGCUGGAACGGCGAUCAAUUCAGAGGCAGAGGAAGGGGGGAUAGAGGCAGGGCCCGAGGAGAUCAGGGGCGAGGGGGCGACCGCGGGCGAGGUAGAGGAGGCUUUCACGACCGUCGGGGUGAUAAUAAUGGGUAUUCAUUGCCACCUCAAAGUCACCAGAAUGGUUACUAUGCACAGCCAGGCGGUCCUUUCUCCCAAACACCACUACCAAACUUUCAAGCAGGAUACGCUCACUCACAGCACGCACCCCCCAACCCCACCAACUUCAACAGCAUGCCUCAAAACGAGUACUCGCCUCAACAACCAUUACUGUGGCCUCAACUUCCUCAACCGCACCCCUAUCAACAACCAUACCAGCAAGCCUUCCAAAACAUGCAAGGUGGCAUGCAAGGCUGGCCGAAUAUGCCUUCAACUGCCCCUUUAGCAUCUGGAGCGUUUAUAAAUCCUGCCUUCUUCAAUGGUAUGCAACCGGCCGGUGCAAACCAAUUCAACCAACAAGGACAACAGAGGCAGCAAGGAAAUGGAGAUCCCCCGAGAUGAUAAACUGUAUGUCUAUGUGUACAUCUCUAUACUGGAAGAGAGUUCCGUCAAAAGGACGGGCUUACAACUACCCAAAAAACUUGAUGCAUCAGUG